GCAGCAUGGACACCAUUAUCACCACGGUCCUGCUCGCCUUUGUCUCCACCACCUCUGCCAUUGUCAUCGGUCAGGAUGUCGACUCAGGUCGUACCGUGGCUGCGGUCCCACUGGCUGUCGUGAAACCUGGCACUGCCUCCAUUCGAAUCGUUCCUGGAACGGUAGCCAAAGCUGGUGGCGUCGGCCAGGCAACCGGUAAACUCGGAUAUGGAGCCGGUGUCGGACUCGGAGGAGCUGGCUUAAAGUCAGGUGCCGGCUACGGGUCCGGUGUCAGCUCACUAGGAGCUGCUAAAUCCGGUGCUGGUUACGGCUACGGUAGCUCCGGCUUUGGAGGAGCUGGUGUUAAGUCUGGUUAUGGCUAUGGAACCGGUGUAUCUUUCGGAGGAGCCGGUUCGAAGUCUGGUGCUGGCUACGGCGACAACACCUUUGGAUACGGAGGAGCUGGUUUUAAGUCUGGUGCUGGUUACGGACCUGCUGCUGGCUUUGGAGGAGCUGGAUUUAAGUCCGGUGCUGGCUACGGACCCAGUGUAGGCUUUGGUGGAGUCAGUUUCAAGUCUGGGGCUGGCAACGGAGGAGCAGGAUUUAAAUCAGGGACUGGCUACGGACCCAACUUUGGCUUCAAGUCCGGUGGUGGCUAUGGAGCCGGUGCUGGCUUUGGAGGUGCUGGUUUGAAUUCGCUGCGGCCUUCGGUUGCAGGAUACGGCCCGGACUAUGGUGCUGGUGUUUUCGGCUACGGAGCAGCUGGUUUCAAUACCGGUGCUGGUUACGGUCCUGCUCUUGGUUUCGGAGGAACUGGCUUCAAGUCUGGUGCUGGAUACGGGCCCGGUGUUGGUUUCAAUUCCGGCUUGGCUUCGGUGCUGGAUACGGCCAGGGUUACGGCACUGGCGUUUUCGGCUAUGGAGGAGCUGGUUUGAAGUCCGGUGCUGGCUACGGACCUGCCGCUGGAUUCAAGUCUGGUGCUGGCUAUGGCUUCGGAGGACCUGGUUUCAAAUCUGGUGCUGGCUAUGGACCCACUGCUGGUUUCGGAGGAACUGGCUUUGCAGGAUACGGGCCUGGUGUAGGUUUCGGAGGAGCUGGCUUCAAUUCUGGUGCUGGGUACGGGCCCAGUUUUGGUUAUGGAGCAGCUGCCUUCAAGUCCGGUGCUGGCUACGGGCCCAUUGCUGGCUUUGGAGGGUCUGGCUUCAAGUCCGGUGCUAGCUUGGGCUCUGGAUACGGCCAGGGCUACGGCGCUGGCAGCUUCGGCUACGGAGGAGCUGGCUUCAAGUCCAAUGCGGGCUACGGCACCGGAUAUGGCCAAGGCUACGGUGCUGGCUUCGGCAAUCUCGGCGUCAGUUAUGGACUAGGCGCUAAGUAAAUAAGGACGGCUUGGGCUGCUCUGGCAUCGUAACGAGCUAUUACCAAAAUAGCGUUAUCCGGCGAAGCUGACUGAUGUAGAUAUCUUUUGUUUAAGACUGUUUGUGUAGGUCUCAGUGCUCAAGCUGUUUACGUCUUGGCGUAUUUUCUCAAGAGCUGUCAUUCUGUGACUUGAGGGUACACAGACACGAGACCGUUACGGCAAGACAGUUUUCAGAACUCUUGACUUUGUAUCAAGCGGUGUAAUAUAAUAAAGGAAAUAUGAUAACCA